UUGGUCCCUUCCGGCUGUGUGCCUGUCAGCCCUUCAGCAGCAGCAGCAGCAACAUCCCUGGCUGAGAGAAGAAGCGAAAUCCAGACAGCAUCACAGGUGUGCCUGUCCUAAGGAAGUGAUAGCAUUAGCGAAGAUCCGAGAGAAGGAAAGAGAGAGACCAUGUACUAGAGACCCUGUAUUAGCCCUGCAUUCUCUACAAUGAACAAUGAGGACGAGUUCUAUGAUGCCGUCACAGGCUUGGACUCAGAUGAGUCAUGUGAAGGCACAUCAGUAGCCAGUUUUAAAGAUGCUGUAGUGUUUGACAGCGCUCCGAAGAACAAUGGAGCCGUUUCUCAGGAGAAUGGAAUCAAGAAACGCAGGUCAUCUCUUCCUGCCCCCAUGUUCUCCAAAAAUGAUUUUAGCAUAUGGAGCAUCCUCAAGAAAUGUAUUGGACUGGAACUGUCCAAGAUCACCAUGCCUAUCGUGUUCAAUGAGCCCCUGAGCUUUCUACAGAGAAUCUCGGAGUAUAUGGAUCACACAUACCUCAUCCAGAAAGCCUGCUCACAGUCUGACUCUAUAGAGAGGAUGCAGACUGUUGCUGCCUUCGCUGUGUCUGCAGUCGCCUCUCAGUGGGACCGAACUGGAAAACCUUUCAACCCCCUUUUAGGAGAGACCUACGAACUUACACGAGAGGAUCAGGGUUUCAGACUCCUCUCAGAACAGGUGAGUCACCAUCCGCCUGUCAGUGCAUUUCACGCAGAGAGUCUGAGCGGAGACUUCAUGUUCCAUGGCUCCAUUUACCCCAAACUCAAGUUCUGGGGCAAGAGUGUUGAGGCAGAGCCUAAAGGAACCAUCACACUAGAGCUUUUGAAGCAUAAAGAGGUCUAUACAUGGACGAACCCUUUCUGCUGUGUACACAAUGUAAUUCUGGGUAAACUGUGGAUUGAGCAGUACGGCACUGUAGAAAUUGUCAACCACCGUACUGGAGAGAAGUGUGUGCUGAACUUUAAACCCUGUGGAAUGUUCGGAAAAGAGCUGCACAGAGUUGAAGGUUAUGUCCAGGACAAGAGUAAGAAGAAGCGCUGUGUAAUCUAUGGGAAAUGGACUGAGUGUAUGUGGAGCGUGAACCCACAGCUGUAUGAAGCCCAUCGGAAGCUUGAGAAGAAAGGAACGACAGACACUAAGAAACAGAAACAGGAGGAGACCGAAGGAGCUGUCAAUGAGGAUGCAGAUGAAAUGCCUGAUGUUCAAGAGACUGUGGCUGUGAUUCCUGGUAGCACAUUACUGUGGAGAAUAUCAUCUAGACCACCUCAUUCAGUAGAGAUGUAUAACUUCACAAAUUUUGCCAUGACACUGAACGAGUUGGAGCCCGGCAUGGAGGGAGUGCUAGCACCAACCGACUGCCGCCUACGGCCUGACAUCAGAGCCAUGGAGAAUGGUGACAUGGAUGAGGCCAGCAAAGAAAAGGAAAGGUUGGAAGAGAAACAGAGAGCGGCCCGUAAAGAGCGGGCCAAAGCUGGUGAAGAGUGGUCCACUAGGUGGUUUCAAUCAGGCACAAAUCCACACACAGGAUCACAGGACUGGCUCUACACAGGCGGCUACUUUAAUAGAAAAUACAUAAACUGUCCUGAUAUCUACUGAUGAGGAAGUUCAAAUUCAAAGGGCAGAGGCUCCCUCAUCUUCUACACCUUUCUCUUUACCCAUCUACAGCAUCCCUCUAAUCAAUGCACCAUAUCAUAUCCAACCGAAAGUGAUACUGUAGCGUUUAUUUCCCCCUCGCCUUCAUUAAUACACAAGACCUUCAUUAGAACUUUUCAAAUAUCGUUUAAUUGGACGAGUCCAUGCACUUCUGUUUAUGAUGUCAUAAUGUUUUAGCAGCAUCUUCAUUUAUGUCCCAUCAACCUUGUAGGUUUUAUGAAUUGAACAAAGAGUUGGAAUUGUAGAGACGACACCGAAUUGGUAAUUUGCCUUUUAUUCUACCGUAGAACCUAAAAACCCCUCACUAAAACUCAAUGCUCCAGCUAGUUUGGCACCAUCAGUGUUCCUGGAGCACAAUUUAGUCAUGUUAUAUGACCAAUAUUGGCACCAAUAGUGUCAAUAUGUGCACUUUGUUUGACUCUUAAAUGCUUUGAUUUGUUAUGUUCCAUUUACAGUGCAUGUUUAACAUAUGAAAACUAAUUCAACACCUUUUUGAGCUUGGCUACUACUGAGCAUCAUAAAGACCUCAAUGAUCCAGUUGUAUUUAGACUUAGAGUGUGGAGGUGAGCAUUAAUGUAAUAAUGACAGUAAUAAUGUUGAAUGUUAAUAAUGAAGUGUGUGUGUGUGUGUGUGUGUGUGUGUGUGUGUGUGUGCGCUGGAAAUUAAUGUAUAAAUCCAUAGAUCUUGUUUUAAUAGGUACAUUAUUUUGUCUUUUGGAUUUCUGUUCGGAUUAAAUGUAAAUCUCCAAAAAAAUGUCAUUGAAUUGCUUUAUCAUUGAUCAAUUAUGAAGUGUUUUAAAAAUAGAUAAUAGUAGCCUCAGUCUCUGUUUUUUUUUUUUUUUUUUUUUAUUUUUUUAUUUUUUUUAUCCUUACACUUCCUGGUCCAUAAAAUCAUUGGAUGGAAAAUAGGCUGAUUGUAUUGUUUCUGAUUUGUUUUUUUUUAAAGCACCCCCCCUGCCCUCAUGGAAAAAAUGCAAUGAAAAUUAACUUUUCCUUUUGAGUUCAACUGUUGAAGGAAAGUCAUAUGGGUUUUGAAUGGCAUGAUGUUGACAGAUGACAGAAUUUUCUUUUUAGGUAAACUAUUCCUUGAAUAAGAUGUCAGGUGAUAAAGCACGUUCUUAUACACUUUUGUGUUUCACAAUGUUUUUGGAUGUAUUGGUGUCACUAGUUCCUCAAGUUCUAGCCUCAAGCACAAUUAUGUUGUGGUUUGUUCUGUUAUCACUGUUAAAAAAAACACACACAGUGUAUUUGCGAAAACAAAUUCUAUGCAACCCAUUUAACAGCUAAAAUACUCCAUUGACCUCAAUAUGAAUAUAAAGAAGCACAGAUAUUUUAGUCUUUAUGAACAUGAAAUGUAUAGAAUGGCAGCAUAUGUAAAGGUAAAGUAUAAUGCCAUCUCUUUCAAGAAAAGAUUUCUCCUUUUCACAGCUGACUGUAAAUCCCCAUUAUUCUGAUGUCCAAGAUGAUUGAUAUGAUUUUUGUCCCUUUACAUUUAUCAAAUUUAGUUUUAUUUCAGACCACAAAACUGAAGUUCCUUUUAUUCAGAGAAGAUCUGACUAUGUAGUGUGCAGGAAAUUAAUGGUUGGAGUUUGAAGCGCUGUGAUGCUUCAACACUUGUUCCUCUUCUCAAGUACACAAACAUGUUUUCUUUUCCACAGUGCCUCACUUUAAAUACAUUUAAGUCACUAAAACUUUACCUUGAACUUUUUAUUUUUCUACAAUUUUUUUCAGAUUAUGAUAGAAAUUGUAUUUAAUAUAGAAAUUGCCUUUCCCUCUUUUCGGAGUACAUUAACAGGAAUGCCAAAAUGUACAGGAAUCAUUAGUUGUUUGAUACACGCAUGGAAUUCACUACACUACCUGAUUUCCAUCCUAUAUUGUAUCUGCUUCCUCCUCAAAUGUGCAUUUGAUUAAUUAAAAACUAGCAUUAUAAAAUUAAUAUUCCACAAUUAAAAUAUAGAUUUUAUUUUUAUGUGGCUUAAUGUGUUAAUUGUGUGUCAUACAGUAUGUUGUAUUUUUAAUGUAUGAAUGUUCCAGAAUUUAGCAAAUGGAUUUCUAGCAAUGACAAACAUAGCUUCUUAUUUUAUGCAAUUAUUUAUUUUUAUAGCAUUUUAAUAAUUAUUUUUUUUAGGCUGGAGCAGUGUCAUAGGGUAUGUUUCUAUGGGAUGUGAAUUCUUGUUAUUUUUGAGCGGGGUUUGCUUUGGAUGAGAAGAGGAUAGUCUUCUGAUGGGAACAUACUAAUCAAAAUGUUAGUUUAAACAUGUUGAGUCUUUUGGAAUAAAUA